AUGUCCCCCGAAAAGACUGUCCUAGUGGAUGUCCUGCCGGGCGAUCAGACAGGCAUCUACUACAUCCCCAUCUGUAAUCUACCUUUCAAUGUACUUUUUCGGCGACUCAAGAGUUGGAUACGCAAAGGAGCCUCGUGCGAGGUCGACCAUGUCGAAAUCUUUUUCAACAGCACUUCGGGAUGGGUCCGCCUUCAGGGCAAGGACAAUUUCGAGAAAGCAUGGAAGCUCCUUAGCAGCGGACGUGCCUUUGAUGGACGUUCAAUCAUAGCUGAUGACAAGAACCGAACCCAAACAAUCACCAUCAAGAAGAAGGUUGUUCAGCCAAAUAUUCAGCAGCAAGAACAACAGCAAGAACAACAACAGGAGCAACAGCAGCAGCAGCAGCAGCAGCAACAGAAUCUGCCUCCGCCGGUGGUGGCUUAUUCGCAAACCCCAGGUAAUCGCCCUGCUGCUCAAGGCCAACAAGCCGCUACAUCGUCAACUACGUCUCCCCAGUAUUCUUCGACAUCUGGGCAGUACUACGCGGCUGGCUACAACCAGGCUGGAGGCCCGAGUUACUCGGACCAAUCUAUGCCGACGCAAGGCUACCCUCUCCAGCCGCCAGCAACGACAGACCCGUGGGAGUAUUACAACUACAGCGCGGCCAAUGCUGGUCCUUCGUCUGGCGUUGGAUACUCUCCCGGCUACCAAUAUGACGGCACCCAGUUUGCCCUGCCCUACCGCGGCCAACAAGAGGCGGCGUACUAUGCCGGGGCCGGGGCCGGGGCUGGAGCCGGGGGGAGUGUCCCAGGACAGGAGCCAGCGUACCAGACAGAGACAGAAUUUGUCACGACCGAGGCCCGGAAGCUACAUGUGUCGCCGUUCCCUCAGAAAGAGUCCCGUAAAGACGUCGAGAGGUGGAUCCGACAAAGGAUCUAUGAAAAGCAGACGAUCAAGAGCAUCGACAUUCCCAUGAACGGGACCAACAAAUACCUCCGAGGCCACGUCUUUGUCAUUUUCGACAGCACCUCGUCAGCAACUAAAGCUAUGGAACAGCUAAACAAGGCAAGCUACCAAGGACGCAAAAUCGUAGCGCGGCCCACAGCGGAGGGCGUCGCGGUGGAUGAGCAGCCCCCCGCGCUAUCCCGAGCGAACGAGGCCAGCAUCCCAACGGGACCCCGAAACGAUCGUCAUAGGGGAGACAAGCCGCAGAGGCCAAGGCACAGAGAGCCCGACAGGAAGCGGCCAUCGUCUGACAAGAAGUCGUCUUCGUCUGCUAAGAAGAGUUCUAAGACGUCUUCUAUGAAGGCAUUGCCGGACAAGGACAAGAAGGGUAGCAGCAGCAUUAAGGAUGCGGGCCCUCCCCUCGUGGUUAACGGCAGCUCCCGUAGGCAUGACAAGCGUUGA